AUGGAUUUCCUUCUCUCGGUCAUCGGAUUCGCCGUCGAUCUGGGCAACGUCUGGCGGUUCCCUUACAUCUGCUACCAAAACGGAGGGGGAGCCUUUCUCAUCCCGUACACACUGAUGGCUGUUUUCGGAGGGGUGCCCCUCUUCUACAUGGAGCUGGCCCUGGGGCAGUUCCACAGGACGGGUGCCAUCCCCAUCUGGAAGCGCAUCUGCCCCAUCUUUAAAGGCAUCGGCUUUGCUAUUUGUAUCAUUGGCCUGUACGUCUCCUUCUACUACAACACCAUCAUCGCCUGGGCUCUCUACUACUUCUACUCGUCCUUCUCGGGCACCCUGCCCUGGGCGAGCUGCGACAACCCCUGGAACACACCGGCCUGCACCAACUACUUCGGGAGAAGCAACGUGACCUGGACCAACUUCUCCAGGUCCCCCGCUGAAGAGUUUUAUACGAGGAAGGUCCUGGAGAUCCAGAAGUCUGGGGGUCUGUAUGACGUGGGGGGCAUCCGCUGGCAGCUGCUCCUCUGCCUCUUCCUCAUCUUUACCAUUGUCUACUUCAGCCUGUGGAAAGGGGUGAAAACCUCCGGGAAGGUGGUGUGGGUGACGGCCACGCUGCCCUAUGUCGUCCUCCUUGUCCUGCUGGUCCGGGGGGCCACCCUGCCCGGCGCCUGGAGGGGGGUCAUCUUCUACCUGCGCCCGGACUGGGGCAAGCUCCUGAGCACCGCGGUUUGGGUUGAUGCUGCUGCACAGAUUUUCUUCUCCUUGGGCCCUGGAUUCGGUGUCCUCCUUGCUUUGGCCAGUUACAACCAUUUCCACAACAACUGCUACCGGGACGCGCUCGUCACCAGCACCGUGAACUGCCUCACCAGCUUCCUCUCAGGCUUCGUCAUCUUCACCGUGCUGGGCUACAUGGCUGAGAUGAGGGACGUGGAGGUGGAGGAUGUCGCGAGAGACAAAGGUUCACCUCCCUCCAGCACGACUGCCCCGUCCUGGCCCGGCGCUGACCAGCUGCCCUUGGGCUCUGUGUGCCCAUCGCGGCUGAGGGGGGAUGGGGUGAUGGCCGGCCCUGGGGUCUGCCAGGGCGCAGGGGCUUGUGCUUGGGAGCAGUUCCCAGGAGGGGAGGGCAGCGAGGUGUCUGGCCCCUGUACCUCAGCCAGGGCCAGGCACAGCUGCUCUGGCUUUGGGGCACCUUCCCCACGCGCAUUCCCACCGCUGCCAGCACCCAGGGCUGUGCCAGAGCAGCUGGGGAACAGCAAACCAAACCAGUGUCCCUUCCUAGGGCCGAGCCUCCUUUUUAUCACCUACCCUGAAGCAAUUGCCAACAUGGUGGGAUCCACCUACUUUGCCAUCAUAUUCUUCCUGAUGAUGAUAACACUGGGGCUGGACAGCACGUUUGGGGGCUUGGAGGCUGUGAUCACGGCCGUGAUGGACGAGUACCCUCAGGUCCUGGCCGGGCGACGGGAGCUCUUCGUCCUCGGCCUCAUCACAGUCUGUUUCCUGGGCUCCCUGAGCACCCUCACCUACGGGGGAGCCUAUGUGGUGAAGCUGCUGGAGGAGUUUGGUGCUGGCUGCUCAAUCCUGGCGGUGGUGCUACUGGAAACAAUAGCUGUCUCCUGGUUUUAUGGGAUACAGAGGUUCUCCCACGAUGUGAAAGCCAUGCUGGGCUUCACCCCGGGGAUGUUCUGGAAGGUGUGCUGGGUCGCCGUCAGCCCUGCCUUGUUGGCGUUCAUAGUUAUCAGCUCCCUCUUGGACCAGCCACCUCUGUCGCUCUUCGACUACCAGUACCCCGAGUGGAGCAUCUCAGUGGGGUACCUCAUAGAAGCAUCGUCCUUCAUCUGCAUCCCCUUCUACAUGGUGUACAAGCUCAUCUGGACACCAGGGUCUCUCAAGCAGCGCCUCGCCGUCUGCAUUUGGCCGGAGAAAACAACACGAGACCCCCGAGCAGACACAGUGUGCAUGUCACCUGUCCUGUAGCCCUCCCUCAGAGGCUGCACAUGCUUGCGGCAGCUCCCCGGCCGCCAGCUCCCGUCGUGUCCUGGCAUCUCAGCGGAAGCGGCACCACCAGCACGUGCUGGCAAACCGGACCCCGUUCUCGCUGCGGGCAGGAAAAACCUCUGAUCCACAGCAGGGAGAACGGGAUCCACCGCUGAGUCCCGUGGGCUGGAAGCAAAGGGGCCAAACUCCUCCGGUUUGGAGGUGAACCCCGACUCCCCGCGAAGACGGAGGUGCAGCUGCGAGUGCUGCUGCAGAGAGAUGGCGGUCUGACGGUACAAGCCGUGAACACGCCUCGCUUAGAGAUGCUGGCGACCUUGCUGUGCAAACCUGCUUGGCGUGAGCAGUGCAUGCCUUUAGCUGUGCCGUGAGUGAUGUGGAAAAUAAAGCUGAUAUCAGUUGUUAGAUCAGAGGAGGGAGAGGAGCCGGAGCUCGCCGUGCUGCGUUCACGAAGCACCGUGGUGCUGCUGAGAGCACAGGGCUGGGCUGGGGGAGGUGGGGGGCGGGGGCUGCCGCUGUCCUGACACCCGAAUACCUUGUUCUGUUGCAAAGAGCAGAAAGAAGUCCAGUAGAGAAACUGUGUGGCCCCUCGGGUCGCUCCCGGGACCGCGC